UUCUUCCAUCGUAGUCUGUUGCACUUGUGAUUGCACCUGUCUUGGUGUAUGUGUGGCCUUGAGUUGUGCAUUUACUUAGACGGAUAGAAAAUUCGGUUUGUGCAAAGUCGUGAAAUUCGUGUUAGGGCCGCCAUAAUCCAGUAUACCGUGAGAGAAGGGCCGAUGGAUAAGCUGAAAAUGUUUAUAAAUCGAGUAGACCGCAAGUGACAGACGAAGGAGGUGCCUGGAAGGUUGUAAACAAGAGACGAAUCUCGAGCAGUCAUGGCAAAUUAGAUUAGUCACAUAAUUAGGCUAAAAAUAACGUAAUGACCCAACCUGGUUCUGGUAGCGGCGGUUAUUUGCUAGAUCCAGAAAUGCCAGAAGCCGAGUCGUCGGGAGUCCUGGAGCACGCCAAGCAGAAAAAGUUUUCUUCCGGAUCCCUGGGCGGAGACGUGUCCAGGCCCAAGGUUGUCACAGUAAAACACCCUGAAUCCAACAAACUCAAACCCACAGCUAAGAAGAACAAACAGCCCAUCCAGGCUGACCUUGAUGUAUCCAAGGAAUUCCUGAGAUGCCGAGACGAGGGCUUAAAGCGUCUCGAUUUGAGCAAGUCCAACAUCACCUUACUGCCUCCGACAGUAAGGGAUUUACACCACCUCUCGGAACUGUAUUUGUAUGGCAACAAAUUGGUUUAUCUGCCUGCGGAAAUUGGUUGUCUUACCAGCCUCCAAACAUUGGCUUUAAGCGAAAAUUCACUCACUAGUUUACCUGAUUCUUUGGAAAACUUACGUUCACUCAAAGUCUUAGAUUUGAGACACAACAAACUGAACGAUAUCCCCGAUGUAGUAUAUACAUUAACCUCACUUACGACACUGUUUUUACGCUUCAACAGGAUAAGGUACGUGGGGGAGGAAAUCAGGUUCUUAACCUCUCUGACAAUGCUCAGUUUAAGAGAGAAUAAAAUUAAAGAGUUACCUGCAGGAAUAGGCCAGUUAAUUAACCUGUUAACCUUUGACGUGUCUCAUAACCACUUGGAGCACCUACCUGAGGAGAUCGGGCAGUGUGUCAACCUGUCCACCCUAGAUUUGCAGCAUAACGAGUUACUGGACAUCCCAGACUCCAUCGGCCAUCUCCAGCAACUCACCAGGUUAGGCUUGAGGUACAAUAGGUUGACGCAGAUUCCCACGUCUUUAAGUAACUGCAAGCACAUGGAUGAAUUUAACGUUGAAGGUAAUGCCAUCUCACAGCUACCCGAGGGUUUGUUGUCCAGCUUAAGCGAACUGACAAGCAUAACUUUAUCGAGGAAUUACUUCUCUGCAUAUCCUUCAGGUGGGCCGUCUCAAUUCACAAACGUCGAUUCCAUCAAUUUAGAACACAACCAAAUAGACAAAAUUCCAUAUGGCAUUUUUUCUCGUGCGAAACAUUUGACGAAAUUAAACAUGAAAGAGAACCAAUUGACAUCGCUACCACUAGAUGUCGGCACUUGGACUAACAUGGUAGAGCUGAACCUAGGCACCAACCAGCUUAGCAAGCUCCCUGACGAUAUCCAGUGCUUGCAGAGUCUCGAGGUAUUAAUACUGUCCAAUAACUUGUUACGGAGAAUCCCUCCCAGUAUUGGGAAUCUUCGCAAAUUGCGGGUCUUGGACUUAGAGGAAAACCGCUUAGAGCAGCUACCGAAUGAAGUCGGCUUCCUAAGAGAACUUCAGAGACUCAUCGUCCAGUCCAACCAACUCACUAGUUUACCCCGGGCCAUCGGCCACCUCACCAACCUGAUAUUUCUAAGCAUAGGAGAGAACAAUCUGUCGUACCUUCCCGAAGAGAUCGGAACUUUGGAGAAUUUGGAGUCGCUAUACAUAAACGACAAUCCGACGUUGCACAAUCUCCCGUUCGAGCUGGCGCUGUGCUCCAACCUCCAGAUAAUGAGCAUCGAGAAUUGCCCCCUGUCGCAGAUCCCCGCAGAGAUAGUUGCCGGAGGACCGUCGCUGGUGAUCCAGUAUCUGAAGAUGCAGGGGCCGUACCGUGCCAUGUGAUGUUCUCGUAUGUUCACGAAACACCCACCCCUUACUAUUACCGGUUGAGUUUGGAUGAAACUUUGUGAUUUCUGUGGACUGUGAGUAGGUCUUUGUUUUUACAGUUAGUUUUUUUAUUAUCGCGAUCUUUUAGGCUUUAUUCUUAAAAUAAAAUUGGGCUACUCAUCCGGGGCAACAUAACCUAGAAAAUACUCAGUUUAAAGUCUUCAUUUCGCUUUCGAAACUGGUGGUAUUAGUUUAGUUUGUAUUUUGUAAGACGUAAAUUUUUGUGAAAUCACAUUACAGCGAUUUUUUCUCAUAACUAGACUAGUUUGCAAAUUCGGCUCAAAUAUUUCUUGAUAUUGCGUACUGUGUUGUUCAAGAGCGCUGCGUAGCCCUUUUUUACAGAGAAUUGUAGAGGUAAAUGUGUAAUUUUGUCGCUGAUUUUGCAGAAAACCUUGUGCAUCUUAAAUGUAGUGAAAAAUCUAUUCAGACUGAGAUGCUUUUUAGUUUAACCACGUCAAGUUACAGGUAUGAAUAUUUUAAAGGCUCUGUCGUCAACCCAAAUAUCUGCGACUUGACGGAGUUGGCACUCUGUGUAAAAUGUUUUUUCAAUGGCUGUGCAAUAAAUUUGUAACGAAAACGUUUUCUGCAAGGUUCGCCUUACUUUCUUCUGUUUGAUAGUCUACUAGGUAUAUAUGGAUAAUAUUUUUACCUGUUGCUGUACGUCAGGCACAUAGCUUUCAGGAAACACUUUAAAUUUUUUCCCAGUUAGCAUCUGCCAGGACUUGGACUGCUUUAAAAUUAAAACGAACAAUGCAUCCAAUUUAAACACUUAUUUAUUCUUUUUUAAAUUAAUUUGGUAUGUGUCUUACUUAUUAUUAAUCAUUUUUGUCGUUGGGUUGGUAGCUGGAAAUCUAUUUUUAGUUGGUAUUAUUUUUUUGACUCGUUUACAUGUUAGUAAUUUUUUAAAUUUCUGUUUUUCAAGCUGUGUGUCUGAAUUUUAAUGUAUGUUUAUAAUAAUUAUUGAUUUAAUUGAUUUUAAAAUUUUUUACAUGAAACUAACGCACAAAAACCAAAAUCUUCCUCAUUUUAUUUAAUAGAGAACAGUUAAUGUAAUUUCCGUGUACACCAAAUUAAACAAACACACCCUAGUGUCUAAACUAUGCAGAAAAAAAACUUGUCCUCACCUCAUAUACGUAGGUGUACGCAGGGAUUGCACCGUAUUGUCGAACGAUAAUUCUUUGAUGAUUUCUAGUCUCUUGCUCUCAUAUCAUGUAAAAUUGUAUUAUUCUUUUUGUAGCGUAGGUCUUUAUUUCCAUUUUACUAGCUGUUUAAGAACAUUUUGCAUUUGCUGGAUGCACACAUUUUUGGAAUAGAUACAAUGAAAAGUUUACUUCUAAUUUGACAUCGAUUUCGCUUAAUACGAAAUACUGCAAUUCUAAAAAAUGUACAAAUUGUUGCGAAAAUUAAUGCAAUAAAAUACAACAUGAAAAAUAAACCGAAUUUUUCCUGUGGACUAUCGUGUUUUGUUUUCGAGAUACAAGACAUUAAAAUUAAUUUCAUAGAAUCAAAUUUUAGCACUAUAUUCCAUCCUUAGUGUACUGUCAAAUCGAUGGUCUUACUUUCAGAGUAAUUAGUCUGAGGUCUUACUAGAUCUAAAAACCUAACCUUAAAAAUAUGUCAUAAAAUGUCAUUGGAAGAAACAGUAGCUAGUGACCUCAAGCAAAUAGUAAAGCAGUAACAUUGAUGUAUUUAGCCCCCUCAAAAACUUUUAUACAAAAUUUUCAUGAAAUCAGUAUUUUUAGAGAAGAUACGGUUAAAAUUUUAUUCUAAACGUUUUUGACGUCCUGUAUCUCAAAAACAAAAGACGACAGGCUCAUGGUCCAUAAGAAAAAAUUAUUUUACUUUUGUGUUUUAAAGCCUCUAAAUUUUUUGCACUCUACUUAUUUAUUUGUGACAUUUUUUGUAAGUUUUUUUUUAUUUUAUUUGAUUGUCUGAUACACUGCAAGAAAAUUAAGUUUUAAAUCUGUAUCUCCUUGCGCCAAAAGAAAGUCAAGGGGUUGCUUCUUUAAAUACUAAGUUCAUCAAACCAACUGAUUGGCAGAAAGAGCUAUUUAUUUAAAUUGCUAUUUCUUUUCGGUGUGGUAGAAAUACCCAAUGAAAUAAAAAAAUUUAAUUAGUCGUAAUCUCUGUCUAAAUUUCUCAACAUCCAAGUGCCACAAGAUCUCAUAAAAGUCCCCUCCUGUGACCUAGCCGCAUAACAUGUUUUGGCAUUAUAAUAAUAAAAAUAUAAAAAGUAGGUAUCUUAAAUUAUCUUCGCAAACAAAAGGAAAAAUAUUUACUUCAAAUUACACCGGCUUUCCCCAUUACUAAUUAAACAUUUCUUUUAUCUCGAGUACUUCCUAGCAAUUAGAAUUUGUGUACUAUUCCAAAUCCAGCAGAUACCCCAGUUAGACGUACAGGGUGUACCACGAAACCCGGUUCGCUACAAACAAUUCAUUGUCUCCUGCCGAUAAUAUAUCUUUCAAGUAAAAAUUGACAGCUGUCGUACUCAUUUCCUGGUGCACCCUAGGAAUACGAAACGGCCCAACAAACUGAUAUUUAUAACAUUUCCGUGGCCAUAUUUUUAAGAGCAUUGUUAAAAUAGGAGGUAUGUUAUGGAAUUGUUAUUAAAAAAUCGCUGUGCUAUCAAGAUUAUAUGUUAGAUAAUUAUUGUUAACUUUAAGAGUAUACUUUAAAAGAUCUCAUAAAGUUUGUUGUAUAAAAAAAAGUGUUUAUUUUAAUUUUUUAUAUAUUCGUGACAGUUCCAUAUACAAUGCUGUUCGUUGUGGUAACGUCAUUGUUGCAGGAUUUACCUGUUAGUUUGCUAAAGUGCUAAUAAAGUAUUUUACUUCAA